AAGUUAUCAAUUCCCACACCAUCAUCAAUUGAGGAACUCUCUGCAGUUCUCUGUGAAAAACUGCAGAUAAUGGGAAGUUUUGUUAUCCAAUAUGAAGACCCUGAUUUCAACAAUGAACUUUGUACUUUACAUGACAUCACAGAGCUUCCAAAAGACAAGGCUACUUUGAGGAUCCACUGGGAAGUAGUUUUAAGCCCAGUGGUGGACGAUGCUCACCUUUCAGAUUUCACUGUGGAUACAGCAAGCAUGACUUCCACUCAGUCGUCAGCUUCAUCACCCCAUCCAGCUUCUCCUCCCUAUCCAGCUUCUCCUCCCUCUACAUCUAGAUUAAAGCAGUGGCCAAGCACAUUUCCAGUGCCUUCAUUUUCAUAUGAUGUGGAGUUGAGGUUGAAAAAAGCUAAUGAGGAUCUUCAAGAAAAUGGAACAGCCCUGAUUGUUCCAAGAUACAUGAAAAUGAAUAUAUUGGACAAAUUGGCUGAAACUGUGUACUCUUACAAAGCCUACACAAAGGACUCUGAUAUAGAGAAGGUUGCAUCUGCUUUGGUAGAAAAACACCCAUGUCUCAAAGACGCAGGAUCUGACACGACAGGAUGUGAAGCAUGGAAAAUGAGCCUUAAGUUUAAAAUGGCUAAUUAUCGUCAGAAACUCCGCAAUGCAGGAUGCAGUGAGAUGGUUGUUAAUACUCACUCAAGACAAGGUUCAUCUCGUGGAUCUCUCAAGAGACCCAAAAGAUCUGAACUCAACUUUCUUCCUGACCAUCCUGUUGGUUUGGAUGAAGAAGAAUUGGAGAAGGAAAGGUCAUCGAUGGAGGAAGAAGUGAAAAAGAGAAAUUUGAGCUUGACUGUUUUGAAUGCAAUGAUGGAGACAACAUUUUCCUUGAGGAGAAAAGAAAUUGUGCAGGAUCAGCCGCUGGUGUCAACAAUCAAGCAAAGAUGGCCAGGACUGUUUUUUGAGGAGGAGGUUUGUGCUGAAUUCUUCCGCAUCAACCGUAUUGACCUGAAGUCAACAUUCCUGACAUCGCUGGACAAUCACACCCAGGGGUUCCUGAAGAUGUACAGAGCCAAAGCAAGACAGGGAAGGUGGAACGACUUGGAUGAACUUCUGGAGAAACUGGAUGCCCAGACCACAGAUCUAACUACUUAUAGAAGGUCUGCUGUUCUUCGUGGUCUUCCCCUGUACUUGAGAGAGCCAGCUUCAAUUUCAAAGACUAUUAAGGAUACUGAGGCACUGGGGCCACACACAAAGGCCAUGAAAAUGGGGAUCCUGGAAGUAACUGACAGUUCUACCAACUCAGGACCAUAUCCCACAGUGGUCAAUGUGGCUGUAGUACUGGAGGAGGAAGUAGUCAUGGACAAUCUGGGAGACUUCACAAAUGCCCUCAUGAUGCUCUUUGGUCUGCUUUAUGCUCUAAAUAUGGAGUACCCUAAGGACUUAAGGUACACAUUCGAGGCAGUCCAGAAGAUUCUCUUAAACCUGGGAAAAGAGUGCACAGCAAGGAUCCAGUCCUUUAAGAACAAGUUAUUACAGGUGUAAUGGUCAUUACAGUACGUGUUAAUUGCCAGUCAUUGAGGUAUUUUGAGGUAUCAAAGGUUUCAUGGUUCUCUUAAAUGGCAGUGACCUUUUUUUGUUGAAUUUUUGUAACUGUUCUGGAACAUGUCACAAAUCAUUUUGAACCAAUUUUACACCUUCCUUAUGUGUUUGUUGAAAACAUGACAAUAUGUGGAGAGCAGUGCUUACCUUUUUUC